AUGAGCACCUUCGCCUUCUUUGCAUUGGCUGCCUUGAUCAAUGCCGUCUCGGCACACGAAUACGGCUUCGGCUACGGUGAAUACGGCGCUGGCCACCAUGGACACGACCAUGAUUCGAAGUAUGGCGCUGGCUAUACCAAAGGGUUUGACACGGGAGGUUAUGGCGACUACGGCAGUCACAAGUACGGUGGAUGGGGAAGUUACGCCAAGGGGAAAGAGCAUGGAUCGUACUACGGAUCUGAUUAUGACGACGACUAUGGUAAAGGGCACCACGGCAAGGAGCAUCACGAAGGCGGUUUUGAGUAUCACGACGGUGAUCAUGACCAUGGGCAUCAUGGACAUGAUCACGACGACGAUCACCAUGGCCAUGGACACCACCACCACCAUCACCCUCAUGGACACCAUCAUGACUUCGAUCACCAUCAUCACCCUCAUGACCACCAUCAUGACUUCGACCACCAUCAUCACCCUCAUGGACACCAUCAUGGCUUCGAUCACGAUCACCAUGGUCAUGGACACGACCACCAUGGACCUCAUGAUCAUCACGAUUUCGACCACGACUUCGGUCACCACGGCCAUCACCACGGUCACGACCACUACUGA